CUUCCCUCGGGGAAUACGAUUUUGCAGCUUUGUUCCGCACAUUAUUGCAAAAAAAUAUGCGUUUUUCUAUACAAUAAACAUAUACAUGCAUGAACCACACGCCGUGGACGACAAAAAUAGGAGGGGUAUUUCGCUUGAGUUUGAAGUGAAAUGUUAUCUCAUGCUGACGAAAAAAUGCCAUAAUGAUAUGAGGAUCUAUGUACUGCACUACUGCAGUAGUACUACUACUUCCUCUACUACGCAGUGUGUACUGUGCAGUCUUUGUCUUCACAGUGUUUACAGUGAGUCGUGAAGGUAAACCCGAGCGCCAAGCUUUCCCACCCUCCAUGCCACCGAAGAGAGAGUCCGGAGCGGCUCCAGGGCAGCCGCCGGUCAAGAUGAUAAAGGUCGGCGCUCAUUUGCAGGAGUUUGGCUGCGAUCCAAUGGAGGAAAAGUACGGGCUGGUUGAGGAGUCCGGCUACUCUCCUCUACCCAGCCAAGAGCCUGACAGCCUUGAUUUUGAUGAAGAAAACCUUGGAAGUUCAGGAAUCAGAACAGACACCAUCAGCCUUCUGAUGAAAAUCGAGCAACUGCAGGCACAACUCAAAUAUGAGCGCAGGUGUAGGAUUCUGGCAGAGAGGGAGCUGAGGGAACUCAAAGAGAUGAACACUCUGAUGAUGCAGAUGAGACACACGGCGCAUGAACUGCGAGUCACUCUGGAUCACGUCCUCCAAGGAGAAGAAGCAUCAGUUGCUCCACCAAACUCAGAUGAAAGUGUUUCUUUCUUGGCUGAGGCCGAGUUGGGAGCUGUUCCUAAUAUACCAGAGGAUGACCUCAACUUCCUGUAUCUCGCUGAGAAUCUCCGAGUGUCUAAAAAGCUGUACGAGCGUAUCGCAGAAAUCGCGGACUACAAGAAGUACACUUCGGCGCUGCUGAUGAUACUUUUCGACAGAGAAACUUUGGCCACGCACUCUCUGCAGGGCCGGAGGAACGCCUUCACAGGAGAGGAUUCCCACAAGCCACAACUCCCACCGGAGAUCCUAAAAAGUAUCAUUGAUCACGUCACUGUCAAGUUCGGUGUGGACAGCAGCCAGAUAAAAACAGCAAUCCGCACAAAACUGAAUAACGAGGACAAAUUGUUGAAGAAGAGACUCGGUUUGGGGAAAUCUGAACCCAAAAGCUUUUGCCAGGAAGCCGCCCUUCUGCCUGAAAACGGAGCGAUGAGGAGUAACUCCCACUUAUAGUGUCUCCGUCCUGCCUUCAGCUGUUCGUCUCUGGUAGAUUUAUGUGACCGGUCUUAUUUAAUUUGUUCAGCAUUGAAAAGUCGUUUGUUAGAAAGGUUUUAACACUCAGUCGAGUUUGUUUUUUUGUCAGUGUUGAUAGCAAACGUCUGAUUUUGGCUUGAAAUGUAAUAAAGUGACCAAUGUGAUUGAUUUGAAAUGUCCCAAUGUGUAGCGAUCAGUGAUUGGAAAAAAACUGGUGUCUUCUUUUGUUGUUACUGUACUUCAGAAUGGCCGUAUUGACGAUCUCGUGUGUGACGUUAAUUUUUGUCAGACAUUUAUAUUUUAGAAGAACUAACGUUUGUGUUAGUAAGUAGGACACUCCAAAAUGUCAGACUAUAAUAACGGUCUUGUUUGUACCUUGUUCAUGAUAAACUGUGCUUUACAGGAAGUGACACUGUGGUUCUAGAUGCGUUUGCACUCUCAAAAUAUGCUGUAAAUGAUAACUCUUCCUUCUUCCUCAAUGUCUUAAACACAUAUCUGUCGUCCCUCAAUAUGUAGGAGCCAAUAAACUUUUGAA